AUGAGGGAGACAUUCGAUGAAGAAUCGGUGGAAAAUGGACAGUCGCGUCUGUUGCUGACUAUAGCUACAGCUGCUGGAAAGGAUAAUAUUGAUACAUCAUACGACAUGCCAGAAAUAUCAAAAUAUGUGGACUUUUUCAAUGUCAUGACCUAUGACUAUGCUGGUACGUGGAGCAGACUAGCAGGGUUUGGGUCGCCUCUCUAUUCACGACUGUCAAACUCUCAAUUCAAUCCUAAAAACUCACAGAACUGGACAAUUCAUCACUACAUAGAAAAAGGAGCUCCUAAAGAAAAGCUUGUGAUGGGUAUCCGUGGAGCUGGUGCUUCAUUCACACUAAAGAACUCCUCCGUCCACGAUAUAGGAGCACCUCUAAUCGUGGGAGGGGGAGACGAGGGUUCAGUAAGAGAACUGAAAGGUCAUCUAGCUUACUUCGAGAUCUGUUUAGAUAUGAUCGACAAUGGUGCCACAACGGUAUGGGAUGAUGAACAAAAGAGCAGUUAUGCCUUUCUGGACAAUCAAUGGGUGGGAUAUGAUGACCCUAGAAGUAUUGUAGAAAAGGUGAAUUAUGCUGGUGAACUUGGAUUAGGUGGAGUAAUGUUUUGGGCUUUCGAUUACGAUGAUUUUAUGGGUAACUACUGUGACAACGGUUCUUACCCAUUGUUGACAGCGAUGAGGGACACGGCAAUGAAAUACACUUCAGAAGCCUCCUCGCCUUCUUCCGUCGACACCACUGAAGUACCCACAAUCCGUGUCACCACUCAACGACCAUCCAUCAAUGACGGAACUUUUAAACUUUUUAAAGUCACCGGUCAGGGAAUAGUACAUGGCGCUUCCAGUCUAAUUAUUGCUUCUUUACUAUCCUUUUGUUUGAUUUUUUGUUUGUUUCAUUAA